AUGACGCUGCUUUAUCAUUGGACGGUGCUCAUGGCCAGCUGUACGGCAUCUGUCAGUGAAGACAAAACCGCGCGCUGUGUGGAGAUCCUGCUAUCCAGAAAUGCUGAUCCCAACAUGGUGGACAGGUCUCAAAUGACCUGCCUGAUGCUGACGGCCAGGUCCGGCUACAGUAAGGUCAUCAACCUGCUGGUGUCUCACGGGGCAGACGUCAACGUCCAGGAUGUCAACGGGUACUCGGCUCUGUCGGUGGCGGUGCAGUACGGCAGAGAGGAGGCCGUGCUGAAGCUCCUCCAGCUGGGAGCGAACAAAACUUUAAGGACCAAGGCUGGCAAGAGCCCUGCAGACCUGGCUGUGGCUUUCAAACACACACAGAUAGUCAGGAUUCUGGCGUCUCCGUCCCAGAUCUCCACCGUCCAGGCCUUCAGCUCCAUGGAGGAGACCCUCUCAAAGUUCUUCAAGACCAACUCUGCACCGCUACCUUCAAAGGAAAGUGUAACCAAGCUGGACGACCUCGAGCUCCUCCUACACGGCCUCGAUCUCGGCUACCUCACUGACAUCAUGGCUGAGCAUGACAUCACCUGGAGCUACCUGUUGACCAUGGAGGAGGAGGAGGACCUGGAGAAGGUCGGUAUCACAGACCCAGAGGACCAGCAGAAGGUGCUGAGCGCUGUGAAGCAGAUGCACCUGGACAAAGUGGACUUUGACACAAUCAGCCUGCCGGGAGCCGUAGAAAGCGGGAGUGAGGAGCUGCAUAACUUCCUGGUCAGCGUGAGGCAUCAGUGCUGCUACCUGACGGAGACCAUCCAGGACGUCAUCGGACGCUUUCCUCACCAUGCCUCUCAGCUCGUCUUCUCACUGGACCCCAAAGGGGAGGCCCAGGCCGUCUGCAACCAGCUGGUGGUCCAGACCAAAGACCUGCAGAAGGAAGUUAACUGCCUCCGCAAUCUGCUAUGCCAGAUGGACCAGGCCAGAGAUUGCUGCCAGCUUCCUCAACCUGGUUCCCGCAACCGGAGGACGCGGUUGACUCUGACCGGAGUCGCACUGAGCGCGCUCGGAGCCACUUUCUUCCUGCUCCUCUGCAAAGCAGCCAGCGGGAAGGUUAACCUGCCGAUGUGCAGGAACUCGUGUUAAUCAGUUAGUUUGAUAAAAUCAUCAGAAUAUUUUGUUAUUGAUGAUAUAUUGGAUUAUGGAAGAACUGAUAUGUUUUAGGACGAAGUUUGAGAAGACGGCACUUUUUAUUUCUGCUGCUGUAAAACUUUUCGUCCGUCUUGUCUUUGAGUUUAGUUCAGAAUACUUUUUAUGUUUUAAGGGUUUAAGCGAAUAUUAAAGUUUCUAAUUUCUUGCAAUUUAAGAUGUUUUCAGUGCCUGCAAAAUCAAAUAGAACUUAAUUUAUAGACA